AUGCAAGGCCUCGCGGCAUCUUCAAGGGCCGUCAUGCUCGCGACGUUUCUCCUGAUCGGUUUCGGCGUCGCCGCCGCCGCCGACGGCCGGAGGAGGCUCGUCUCCGGCAGCCCCGACGAGCCGUGCAGGCAGAUGACGCUCUACUACCACGACAUCCUCCACGACGGCGCCAACAACACGGCCAACGCGACGUCAGCGGCCGCGACGAGCCCGCCGGCGCUGAGCAACGACACCUACUUCGGCAUGCUGGUGGUGUUCGAUGACCCGGUGACGGUGGGGCAGGCGCUGCCCGCCGGGGCCGAGGAGGAGCCCGCGGCGCGCGCACAGGGGUUCUACUUCUACGACGAGGAGACGCGGGACAUCUCCGUCGUCGGCGGCACCGGCGAUUUCUUCAUGGCGCGCGGCGUCGCCACGCUCCGCACCGACGCCGUCGAGGGGUUGCUCUACUUCCGCCUGCAGAUGGACAUCAAGCUCUACGAGUGCUACGUCUGA